GGAGAUGUGACACACUUGUAUGGGCUAAAUUACAUCAGCUGGCAUUAUAUCUGUGAGGCCUCCUGAGGGACAUAGUCCAACCAAAUUACAUGUGACGACACUCUUCAGAGCAACAACGUAUGAUAUUAAAUCGUCUGUGGGAGGAAACACGCAAACACGAGGAGUCCCAUAGCGCCACCAAGUGGUUUUGGACUUUGAUGAUGAACCAGAAGGAUCCUCGCCUCAUAAAAGCUGCGGAGACUCUGGUGUGAGGGUUACACCUAACCCUGUUGUCCUCAGCGGGGAUAAUAAAGUUUUUUGUCAUACCAGUUGUAAACUUUCUCUGGAGUAUAACUUUGUCUUUUUUUUUUUUUUUGGUGGACUCUGGGAUCUGAACCAAGCCGCGCAAAAACUUUUCCCCCCGCAGAAGUGUCAUCUCUGCGUUUCCGACAUGGCCCUCAGCCGCUUUGUUGCUGUGUUCAUUUUCUACUUCACAGCUGGCUCGGGGACCACAGUGUAUGACAGCUACAAUGACUUUGCAGAAGAAGACAACACUCCUCAACUAGACUACAAAAACCCGUAUUGGUGUCAUUCUCCGAGUCUGACCAAUGGGGAGGUGACCUGCCACUCCCCUCGAGGCGGGGCCUACCGGAGCACGUUGGGCACCCGCUGUGAGAUGAGCUGCGAUCGGGGAUACCGACUGCUGGGGAAGACGUCAAUUCAGUGCCUUGCCAACCGACGCUGGUCUGGGACUGCUUACUGCCGCAGGGUGCGUUGCCAUGUGCUGCCCCUCAUUCCACACGGCAGAUACACCUGCACUCAUGGCUUUGUGGUGGACUCCAGGUGUGACUUCACCUGCGACCCCGGCUAUCGCAUCGAGGGGGAACACUCACGCACCUGUCAGCACGGGGGGUCAUGGAGCGGAGCACAGCCAGAUUGUGCAGAUACUGAUCCUCCAAAGAUCAAGUGUCCUCCGUCCAGACUCAAGGUUGCCGAGCCUGGAAAACUCACUGCCAUGGUGACCUGGGACCCCCCCGCUGCGACAGAUACUGCUGAUAAAUCACUCAACGUAAUAUUAGUAGGCCAGGAGCCAGGCACUGACUUUAAAGAGGGAGCACACAUUAUCCGAUACAAAGUGUACGAUCAAGCCAGGAACAGGGCUGCCUGCAAGUUCAUUGUACGUGUUGAGGUGAGAAGAUGUCCAGAUCUAUCUCCACCUCUGCAUGGCUACCUCACCUGCUCCUCUGAUACGAAUAACUAUGGUGCAACAUGUGAAUACCACUGUGAAGGAGGAUAUGAACGGAGGGGCAUAUCUAGUCGCGUCUGCCAGUUCAACCGCAACUGGGGUGGAGGACCUGCUGAGUGUGUUCCAAUGGAGAUUAAAUCAGAUGUAAAGACGGCCUCCGCUCUCCUGGAUCAGUUCUAUGAAAAGAGGCGGCUGCUGAUCAUGUCUGCGCCCAACAUAUCUGACUCAGACUAUCAGCUGCAGAACAUCAUGAUACAAAAGUCCGACUGUGGAUUAGACCUGCGACAUGUAACAGUGAUCGAGCUCCUGGGCUCCCCGCCUCGUGAGACGGGUCGCAUUAAAGAAAGUCUGCUCAGCUCUGAAGUCAUCGAGGGUUUGAGACAAGCAUUCAGACUCUCCAGAUCUUACUUCAGCAUGGUGCUACUGGACAAGCUCGGACUGGACCGUGAACGCUUCAUUACACCGAUGGCGUCGGAUGAGCUGUUCUCCUACAUCGAUAGCUUCCUGCUGGAUGAAGAGGAGCGAGAGAGGCUGGAGCUCCACAGAGACUUCUGUGACUAAUUUAAUAAACCUCUCUGGUUGCCACAGUGAUAAAAUCGUCAGUGUUACUUAACACACGAUGAGGAAGGACAAACAACCAGAAAGCAGGUCCAGGGGGACAUUAGGAGGGAAAAGAGGACAAGAAGGCAGUUCCUCAUGUUCAAAUGUGAUCACUAUACAACACUGAAGUGCUAGCACUGUUUUUUCCAUAUCAAGGCAUGGGGGCCAGAAGAUGGACAUCACAGCUACAGAAUAUAGCAAGAUUAAGUAAAACACAUAUAUAGAAAUACAUAUAUUUUGAACCAUAGAUACACAAAAUGAUAUUGGAUGCAUGAUGUGGAUUAGUAGUUUUUGUCAAAGAGCCCCUGUUAUUAAAUCUGAUAUUUAAUGCAAACUAAAACCGACAAACACUUCUACAAACGACUACUGAGGAACACUCGAGUGGAUGGAUCAUUAUUUAACUCCAGCUGGUAUUUGAGUGUAAUACAGAGUUGAGACAAUCAAGCCUGUCUUGGGCUUAGUCAAUUUUUAUUGGGUGAACAGAAUGUUCAAGGCAACCUUAUAUCUACAAAUAGACAAAUUUCAUAAUUUCAAAUAAGGCUUUUAAUGCAACUUACAUAAAUAUAUUUUUUACAUGAUAAUAUUAAUGUAAAAUAAAAUGGCAUAGAUCAACUAAGCACAAUUUGUUGGAUGCAACACCAUAAAAUUUUGUAUAAUACCAGUUUAUAAUGAAUUGUUUACCCACGUAUGAUGACAGUGUUUCUGUGCUAAGUGCUGUGCAUGAUUUUGAAUUGCAAUAAUAUAUAAAGCCUGAAUUUUAAAAACAUAAAAUGACUGUCACUGCUCUUAAAAUAAAUCCAGAGUUUAGUGUUGUGA